UGACGCUGAGCAUGCGCCAAGCCAAUCCAGCCCGAACUUCGCGUCGAUGUGCACUCAGUCUCUUCCCGCCGCUUCCUCUGUCGCCCACAUUAUGACCUCGCGAAGAUGGGAUGAAUGCGGGUGCUCCGAGCCACACAUCCUUCCGGAGAGCGCCCCAUCCACGGCGUAUUUGGCGCCCCUUGCUCCAUCCACUCCUCUAUGCUCAAAGGACGGGCACCCGGCUCCGCUUGUGGAUAACGACGCCUACCCUCGCCCCCUCUGAGAAGAGCCAACGCGAUCACUAAUGCUGACAGACCCCGACCAAUCACGCUCCUUCACCAAGCACUGCUUGAGCGGCCAGGUCACGCUGUCGUCCUUCAGGGGCUGGUUUCGAGUCUUGGCGCGGGCGUCUGCCCCCAGACCCCCCACAGCACUGCCACUGCUGUGGGGGUGCGCGGGGGUAUAAAGAGACUAUCUGGAGAGCGGGGGAAAGACUCAGGAUCUUGUCCGUGCGUCCGUGCAUCCAAAGCUACAGCCAUGGUCAACCUCCGCCGCAUUGAAGACCGCCCGACGCCGCAGGAGGUGUACAACUGGCGGGUGUAUGCCAAUGCUAUUAUUGCCGCGUGGGGUGCUGUGGCCGGAUACGACUCGGCCUUCAUCGGGACCUCGAUCAGCUUGACGAGCUUCAAGUCCGAGUUCGGCAUGCUGCACAAGUCGACGACCGAGCUCAACCUCAUCUCGGCCAACAUCGUCUCCGUCUUCCAAGCGGGAUGCUUCUUCGGCGCGUUUGCCGGCUACGGCUUUGGCUACUUCCUGGGGCGCAAGAUCGGCCUGAUCAUCGCCAGCGCGAUCUUCAUCGUCGGCGCCGCCCUGCAAUGCGCCGCGUCUUCCUCCACCGGUCUGGGGCUCAUGUACGCCGGCCGCGUCAUCGUCGGUGUCGGUGUCGGGAUUGCGUCCAACCUCGCUCCGAUCUACAUUGCUGAGAUUUCGCCCCCUGCGAUCCGUGGGCGACUGAUUGGCCUGUACGAACUGUGCUGGCAGACGGGUGGUGUGGUCGGGUUCUGGAUCAACUACGGUGUCACGCAGCAUAUCCCGCCCAGUCGCAAGCAGUGGUUGAUCGCGUUUGCCGUUCAGCUCGUCCCCGGCGGCAUCCUCUUCCUCGGCGCCCUGUUCUUAGUCGAAUCUCCCCGGUGGCUUGCCAUGAAAGACCGCAGCGGCCAAGCGUUACGCAACUUGUGCGUUCUGCGCAACCUCCCUGCGGAUGCGCCGUACGUCGUGGAGGAGCUCGCGGAGAUCGAGGCUGGUAUCGUCCACGAACGGAGCCUGGCCGGCGCCGGUUUUUUCGGGCCCAUGUUCUCGGUCUUCCGCAGCCCUGCUCUGAUCUACAGGCUCCUUCUGGCAUGCUCCCUGUUCGUUUGGCAGAACGCUACAGGCGUGAAUGCCAUCAACUACUACUCGCCGACGAUUUUCAAGUCUAUCGGCAUCACGGGAUCCAGCACCUCGCUGCUUACCACCGGUGUCUACGGCCUCAUCAAGCUCACCGGCGCGCUCAUCUGGCUGCUGUACCUGGUGGACAGCUUCGGGCGGCGGGCUGUGCUCAUCAUCGGCUCCGUGGGCGGGUCGAUUUGCAUGUACUACAUCGGCUCCUACAUCGCGAUCGCCCAGCCCACGCACCACCCGUCGCCGACGAUCUCCGCGGGCGGGCGCAGCGCGAUCGCGUUCUUCUACGUGUGGACGAUCUUCUACGGGCCGACGUGGAACGGCACGCCCUGGGUGUACGGCGCGGAGAUCUUCCCGCAGCACCUGCGGACGUUCACGCAGGCGUGCAUCGCGGCGGCGCACUGGCUCUGCGCGUUCCUCAUCGCGCGCUUCACGCCGCAGAUGUUCCAGGCGAUGGGCUACGGCGUGUAUCUCUUCUUCGCCUCGCUGCUGGUCCUCUCCGUGCCGUUUGUCAUCUUCGUCGUGCCCGAGACGAAGCAGAUCCCGCUCGAGCGCAUGGAGGAGCUGUUCGCGUCGGAUCUCAAGCCCUGGAAGGCGCAUGGCGUCGUCAUGGCUCGUGUCCACGAGAAUCGCGCGGCGAAAACCGGGAACGACGCUGCAUCAAUUGACGAGAAGCCCGCUCAGUCCGAGCAGGAGCACGUUUGAGGAAUGUUGUGUAGUGCAUGUAAAUUGCGCCCAUGGCUUCGAUAGCUUGUACAUACAUACAUCACCACGCAACAUAUGCGGGAAUAGAUAUCUUGACCCUCUAUGAGACAAACGGGAUUCCCAGAUCCUCACAACCGCUUAUAAAGUUCGUCGAUCGACUUCCUGGCUCGCUCAGCCAUGACCUCGGGGCCGUUCUCCUCCCUCUCCGUCUCCGCCAGAAACCCCUCGAGCGAGACCCACUGAUCCCAGCCGUAGUCGAUCAGCCACGUCCGCGCUAUAUCGACGACGGGAAGGUACCCGGGCG